AUGCUGAACCCAUUAGUAAAAAAUAAAGCUAAUACUGGACCCAUUAGUAAAAUUAUUGAAGCUAAUACUGGACCCAUUAGUAAAAUUAUUAAAGCCAAUGAUGGAUCCAUUAGUGAAAUUAUUAAAGCUAAUGCUGGACCCAGUAGAAAAAUUGAUAAAGCUAAUGCUGGACCCAGUAGUAAAAUCAUUAAAGCUAAUGCUGGAUCCAAUAGUAAAUUUAUUAAAGCUAAUGCUGGACCCAGUAGUAAAAUUAUUAAAGCUAAUGCUGGACCCAGUAGUAAAAUUAUUAAAGCUAAUGCUGGACCCAGUAGUAAAAUUAUUGAAGCUAAUGCUAGACCCAUUAGUAAAAUUAUUAAAGCUAUUGCUGGACCCAGUAGUAAACUUAUUAAAGCUAAUGCUGGACCCAGUAGUAAAAUUAUUAAAGCUAAUGCUGGACCCAGUAGUAAAAUUAUUGAAGCUAAUGCUAGACCCAUUAGUAAAAUUAUUAAAGCUAUUGCUGGACCCAGUAGUAAACUUAUUAAAGCUAAUGCUGGACCCAGUAGUAAAAUUAUCAAAGCUAAUGCUGGACCCAGUAGUAAAAUUAUUAAAGCUAAUGCUAGACCUACUAGUAAAAUUACUAAAGUUAAUGCUAGACCCAUUAAUAAAAUUAUUAAAGCUAAUGCUGGACCCAGUAGUAAAAUUAUUAAAGUCACAAACUAUUCAUAA